AGCUUUGACGGCGUUGGGCUGACAGUUUGUCUCGCUCUGUGUAAAAUCCGUUGCGUUGUUGCUUUCUGUUGUGCUGUGUGUGAUUGUGAGACGAUGUCACGCCUAAUUGCCGGCGCCCGAGGCCUGUUCAAGCGCCAUCCCUUUGUGACCAACAGCGCCAUCUAUGGCAGCCUCUAUGUGGGUGCGGAGUUCUCACAGCAAUAUGUCUCCAAGCGCUGGCUGGCGACGCCAGAGCAGCGUGAGGAUAUCGAUUAUACAACAGUUGGACGAUAUGCGGUAAUGGGCACCGCCAUCUAUGCCCCAACACUCUACGCUUGGUAUAAGUGGCUAGAUGGAACUUUUCCGGGUACACUCAAGAAGACUAUUGUCAAAAAGCUGCUGUUGGAUCAGUUUAUAUUGACACCUUACUGCCUUACUUUAUUCUACACGGGCAUGUCGCUCAUGGAAGGCUCUGAUGACAUUUUUCAAGAACUGCGUGAAAAAUUUAUGCCCACUUUCCAGCGUUCUUGUGUCUUCUGGCUGCCGGCACAAGCCUUGAACUUUUUGUUUAUAGCGCCACGUUUUCGUAUUAUCUAUAUGGGAUUCUGUGGCAUGAUCUGGGUCAACAUAUUGUGCUGGAUAAAGCGACAGAGUCUGAGCACAGAGACAACCACUGAAACUGCAACAAUGACAACUCAAACAACCAACACAACAACAACAACAACAACGGCAAUCAGUAAUGUCAAGGCGUGAUUAAAUUAGGUAGUAGCUUAACACAUACAUGCAUAUGUAUAUUUGAUAUAGUGCAAAGAAGCUUUUCGCCAAAUAAAUACAUUUCAGAUACUGGAUAUAAGCAAGCAAGCUAGCAUACACAGCCAAACAUACGAAUGUGUG